UCUAUGACUGAGAAACAAUGAGAACCGUUAGCGCCUUGAUCCUUCUCACUGCUCUUUUUGCCUGGAGUUCUGCCCAGCAGACCUCCAGCGGGAAGAACCAAAAGGAGAAUGCCUUCUCCAAGAUCGUUCCCCGCCUGCUGUGGAACAUUAAGCGAGGAGACAACCAGGAGAGCCAUCGAAACACCCAGCCGAUCAUAAUUGUGCAGCAACCUAGCUCGAACUCGGAUCACGACUCGGAUAGACACCACCACCACCACAACCCGCACUAUCCCUACUACCCGUACUAUCCGCAACCCCCACCGCCCAGCCGUCCCCCGCCGCAGUUUCCCGGAAUGGACUACCUGAACAGUGCUGGAGGCGGACCCACUUACCUGAUCAUUAACCCCAACAACAUGCAGGGAAUCUACCUGCCCUCAAGCAGCUCCAACAGCUCAAACUCCACAAGCUCCCGUCGCAGCGCCUUUGUGCCCUCGAUCGCAGAUUUGCUGCAGGGCCUCAACUUGGACGAUCUGGCCGACGGGAGCCUGUUCGAGGACGAUUCCGAGGUGAUCAAUGCUGCAGAAGAUGGAAACACGGAGGUCCACGGCUCCGAGGGACCGAUUCCCCAAGCUGACGACGAUCGCGAGGAAGAUGUGAUCAGCGAGGACGCGGUCGAAGCCCUCGAGCGCCAGACCAACCGGGGCUUAAGUCCAAAGCACUUGGUCUCGAUCCUGAUGCAGGACAAGCGCCGUCGGCGCAUACAGGAGGUCCUGGCUGGCAUCUACCUGAGAAACUACAACCUGAACAGAAAGUAAUUGAACGGACACGAGCAGAUACAAAUUGAAAUUGUGUGAGGCUGAAUAAAUAGCGGGCACUCGCCCA